CGAAGAUUACGUUCCACAACGUUUGGAUCGUCCCUCGUCUGUUGCAGGUGAUAUUCCUACGUGUCUGCCCUCCGGUUCUACGAAGCGAAUCUCAAGGCCACUUUCAGCCAGGACUUCAGAACAAUCGCCAUCGUUCUCAGAAGAUGAUUUUGGAGACAUGCCGCCACUGCUGUCACAACUCCGUGCAUUCCCGGAAGAAAACGCGCCGCAGUCUAGGAAAAGAAGACGCUUCUCCAAAGCAGACGUGCAUGUAUCACAACACAAAGAAGAUGAGCUUGACGGAAUGUUGUCUGAUACUAAGCCAGUCGUGUUACCUGCGGACGUUACUUCGGUUGGCCAUGCUGAGAAGGUAGUCGUCGCGCCACGGGACACCAGGAGGGCUACAUCCCGUAUCCAUAACCAUCGUACCACUAAUACCUCAGCCACUGGUCCACGGCCACAACGCAGAAGCAACCAGUUCAGUCCAUUAUCCACGGAGGCCAACUGCAUCAAUCCUCAGUUACCGAACGUACACGUAAACCACUACACAGCCACUUUUAAUGUCACUCAAGAUUCUUCUCAAGCAUCUCAAGCAUCUACUGCGCAGUCCACUACUAAUAACGACAGCAUGCUUGAUACUCCUUCAAACUGCAUUGCAGAUGAACAAUACUCGAACGUGGAUGUUACUCUGCCAGUUGACGAAAUGGCGGAAUUCUGUGAAUUGGUUAAUACCAGAAGAAGUGAAGGCCUCACAAAAAACCAGCUCGCGUCGAUACUAUACGAAUCAAACCAUGCCCAUCAUAAAAUCACCUCGAAAACUGUCCGGUUCUUUGAACUUCAGUACUAUGGCGAAGCGCACAUGCUGUUCUUGUACCCUGUGUUCAAAAGAUGGACAGAUGAUAGGCAUAGACGUGCCAGUCUCCCACGUCAAGGACGACUAGCCCGGCUUUCAAUUCAACAGUAUGAUAUUCUAAACGAUGAGUUUUCCAAAACCCGACUGCCAACUGCUGAGGCACAACGUAACUUAGCUACCUCAUUGGGCCUCAGGAUAAAUGUUAUUAAAAAUUGGUUCUCUAAUCAACGGGCACGUCAUCGUGGAAAGAAUGGGUCUAAGACCACCGCCAACCCGCACUGA